CAUGAGGCCGCCGUGGUGCGGGAGGAGGACUCGCGGCAUCCCGCUGGGGCUGCUCGCGCUCUGGGUGGCCGCCGCCCGCUGUCUGCAGAGUCAGGGUGUGUCGUUGCACAUCCCACGGUCAGCCAUCAAUGCCACUGUCCAAGAAGACAUCCUACUGUCCGUGGACUACUCCUGCCACGGGGUGCCCACUAUUGAGUGGAAGUACACCUCAACCUGGGGUGUGCAGAAGAUUGUGGAGUGGAAACCAGGGACCCCAGCCAAUGUCUCCCAAAGCCACAGAGACAGAGUCUGCACCUUCGACAACGGCUCCAUCCAGCUUUUCAGUGUGGGUGUGAGGGAUUCUGGCUACUACGUCAUCACUGUCACAGAGCACCCGGGGAGCAGGCAGUUUGGCACAAUCGUACUGCAUGUGUCUGAGAUCCGCUAUGAAGACCUCCACUUUGUUGCUGUCUUCUUCGCUCUGCUCGCCGCCGUGGCUGCGGUGCUCAUCAGCCUCAUGUGGGUCUGCAAUCGGUGUGCCUACAAAUUCCAAAGGAAGAGGAGACACAAGCUCCAAGAAAGCACCACUGAGGAGCUUGAAAUGAAAGACGUUGAGUGUUAGCCAAGACUGUGCCCAAUUACACUGCUACCUCAAGAGAAACAGUGUUUUCCAGUCGAAGAACAAAGUGAGCCGAUCCUUGCUGCAGCCUCUCGCCAUCCUGGCCUGCACCCCUUUCCUGACGGGACAGCUGAGGUGGCACUUCACUAUAGACAGCCAGCUCUAGGACUUGUGUGUAGUUCAAGGAACAGUUCAACUGAGGCUUUCAGCCAAGAGUUUUCCUUGGUUGCAGCUUCAGGGCCAUGCUGAUCCUUAAUGGAUGACACAGGCAGGCAUCAGUAGCUGCUCACAGCACCGGCUAUGAUCCCAUGCUGGCCUGAUGGAGGAGUCCCUGUCUCCAGGGCCAGUGUCUACAGAGGGGCUGAUGUGCGGCCAGCAUUAGGACAUGCUCUCUGUGCCUUUGUGCUCCUGUCUGGUCCGCAAACUUCUGCACCCUCCAUCUCCCUGUCUUCCGUCCAUAAACACUGCUGUGGAGACCAUGUGAGCAAACCUGAGGCCCUGAGGCAGUCUGAUGAGGUGGACUGAGCUGCACCUCAGGGAGCGAAGCUGAGCGCACUGAGGAAACAGAAGGUAGUGUUCUCAUCUUCCCUCAUACAGAAUUAAUCAGGUGGCCUAAACUUGGGUUUAGUGUGAGGAAAACAUGGCUUAUGUUGACCAGGGCAGCUGGAUGGGUGGUACAACAGGAAAAAUCCAUAAUGUCAGGCUUCAUUCAGCUACAUUCUAUUCGUCACCAACUCUCGUCUCCAGUCAGAUCCAGGACUGAAGAGUGUGUGGUCUUCACCUACCUCACAGGGCAUGAGGGGAAGCCAGCAUUAGCCUAGAUCUCUUGGAAUCAUGGAGAAAAGCAUGAGAAUCCUUGAAGGAUCUGGAAAGCUAUAUGGGAAAGUGCUGUAUUGAGUAGCAAAGGUUAAAAUGCCCUGGGAUGGAGCUAUAGAGAAGGUUCAGCAGCUAAGAGCACUGGCUGUUCUUGCCCAGAUUCAGUUCUGAGCACCCACAUGGUAGCUCAUAACCUUCUGUAACUCCAGUUCCAGGGAAUCUGAUGCCCUCAUCUGGUGUCUAUGGGCACUGCAUGCACAUGGUGUAUACACACACACACACACACACACACACACACACACACACACACACACGAAAUAAAAUUUAAAAAAUAAAUCUAAAUUUUUUUUCAAUGACCUGGGUUAUCAGGGCUCCAGCUGAGCUUGGGGGUUGGGUCUGAGUUGGCCUUGGCUUUCACAUUCUCAGGUUGCUGUCACAAUAUUUACUUGAAAGGGCCUCCUUCCCAGCUUCCAUUUGCCAAGCUCUAGCAGCAGGCAUCACGCCCUUCUUGCUUCAGUAUCCACAGCUGCAGAUCAAAGCUACCACUCCAACUAUGAUGGAAGCUGAGGUCAGUAAUUAUGUGCAGGCCCUUGGCUGCAGAUUCAUGCAUACAAAGAUAAGCGUGCUAGAACAUUCCUUUUAUUCUCCUUCCUUUCAGGUCCCCAAUGCCUGUCCGUAUCUUUUCUACUUCCCAUGUGGCAGCUAAAGGGUUGUUGCUAAAAUCCCUUUCCUUGGGGAGACAUAGACAUCGGCUGACGUUCACCCAGGAACCAAUGAAUGUAGUAGGUUUCUUACAGAGCACUGGAUGAGGGGAUUGGGCAGAGGUGACUUUAAAAUAAUAGAAGGUCUGCACCCAGAGGCAAGGAUGACUUCCUCAUGACUGCUUCAGUGAAGACCUUUUCUUUCCUACCUAUAUGCUCUAGGCUUUCCCCCCCGCAAGACCACACACAAUAGGCCAGAGCUGCAUACAAGUAGUUGGGAGGGGUGGUUGGAUAUGCAGGUGAGGGUUCCAGGAUCCUUCCUGCCCCCUCCUUCUAUGAGGAAAAGUAGGCAGUCAACAGGCCCGGCAGAAUCCCUGAAGAUGGAGGAUAGUCCCGAACAAUGGGAGUUACCUGGGAAGCCAUUUAGAAGCCUUUCCUUAAAGACCAAAUCUGGAGCUAGAGGAAGAGGGCUGGGGAGGGUUCAGACAGGACCCUGUGGCAGGCUAGAGGGGGCUCAGACGGCAGCAAAGGGAGCAGUUGGUGUGCACCUGACUCAGCGGAAGCACUCACCCUUGCCACUUCCUGUGUACGGGCGCCCACACCCGUGCUCCCUUUCCCAGCAGCGGGCUGAGGAAGAAGGUACUGGGCCAGGGCAGUUUCCACGCGUUCCACUGGGGCAGAGGACUCAAGAACACAUGCCUCUCAAACCCUGGCUCUCCGCUGCGGAAGCUUGUGCUGCUCUACCUCCCGGCCGGGAGUCAGGGGGCUAAGCCUCAUGAACAGAGAGAAAUGGAGUGGAUCCCGGGGAGGCUUCCAUGGACAAACCCUCUGCUGCUCACACUGUCCUGGGAGAAUCUUCGUGGAGUCAUUUUCUCCACUGCCCUAUUUGGAAAGGGGCUUUCCUGGGCACCUCUGAAGCCACUCUGUUUUUAAAUUCUAGGGUCUGAAGUUUUGUCUUUUUUUUUUU